CUGGUCACGUCAGGAUCCUCAUCCCUCCAUCCUCAUCCCUUCAUCCUCAUCCCUCCAUCUACGUCAGGGACUCUCAUCCCUCCAUCUGCUGCUGUUUCUGUCCCGCUCCCGGUCCGCGGAACCGGUCUAGACCAGCAGAACCGACCCGGCGGCUCCGGUCCAGCCCCCGCGCAACCGAGCCGACACCGAUGGAGCGGCGCGGCUGACCCAGAGCGCGGAUCCGGGAGGAUGCUGCGGAUCUACAGGUGUCCGUGAGCGCGCAGGGUACCAGCGGUACCGGUCCCGGUCCAGACCCGGUCCAGACCGGGCGGAACCGGUCUGCGGGUCUGAGGUUCCGCGGGUUCUGCGGGUUCUGCGGGAUGGAGGUCGCGCUGGUGAGCUUUGAGAACUGCGGGACCAAACCCGGCCCCGGCGGGGCCCCGGUGGCCCCGGGUCUCCCCCCGGGGGCCCCGGCGGAGGACGGGCCCCGGAACGCGGUCCCGCAGGCCGCGCCGGUGCGGGGGGAUCCGGGGAAGGACCCGGGGAAGGACCCGGGGAAGGAUCCGGGGAAGGAGCUCCCCCCCCGGGCAGGGACCGCCGUCCUGGCCGCCCCCCCGCCCCGGGGCCCCUGGAAGAUCAACGACAUGAACUGCGGCUCCGACGCCACGGACGCGCUUUUACGCGCCGACCACAGCCCGCACCUGUGGGACGACCUGGACCCGAACCUGGACCCGAACCUGAACCUGGACCUGAACCUGGACGCGGACGCGGACAGCCGCGAGCGGGUUCUCAUCAACGUGGCGGGACUGCGCUACGAGACCCAGCUGGGGACCCUGAACCAGUUCCCGGAGACCCUGCUGGGGGACCCGGCCAAGAGAAUCAAGUACUUCGACCCGCUCAGGAACGAGUACUUCUUCGACCGGAACCGGCCGAGCUUCGACGGGAUCCUGUACUUCUACCAGUCGGGAGGGAAGAUCCGCCGGCCCGUCAACGUUUCCAUCGACGUGUUCGCCGACGAGAUCCGCUUCUACCAGCUGGGAGAGGACGCCAUGGAGCGGUUCAGGGAGGACGAGGGCUUUAUCCGCGAGGAGGAAAAGCCGCUGCCGCACAACGAGUUCCAGAAGCAGGUGUGGCUGAUCUUCGAGUACCCGGAGAGCUCCAGCCCGGCGCGCGGCAUCGCCAUCGUGUCGGUGAUCGUCAUCACCAUCUCCAUCAUCACCUUCUGCCUGGAGACGCUGCCCGAGUUCCGGGACGAGCGCGAGCUGGCGGCGCUGGACAACAGCACGGCGCCGCGGCCGUCGCUCACCUUCUCCGACCCCUUCUUCAUCAUCGAGACCACCUGCGUCAUCUGGUUCACCUUCGAGCUCAUCGUGCGCUUCUUCGCCUGCCCGAGCAAGUCGGAGUUCUCCAAGACGGUGAUGAACAUCAUCGACAUCAUGUCCAUCAUGCCUUACUUCAUCACGGUGGGAACCGAGCUGCAGGCGGAGCAGCAGGACGGCACCGAGCACCAGAACGGACAGCAGACCAUGUCGCUGGCCAUCCUGCGCGUCAUCCGCCUGGUGCGCGUCUUCCGCAUCUUCAAGCUGUCGCGCCACUCCAAGGGGCUGCAGAUCCUGGGCCAGACGCUGAAGGCUAGCAUGCGCGAGCUGGGGCUGCUCAUCUUCUUCCUCUUCAUCGGCGUCAUCCUCUUCUCCAGCGCCGUGUUCUUCGCCGAGGCGGACGAGCCCGAGUCGCACUUCUCCAGCAUCCCCGACGCCUUCUGGUGGGCCGUGGUCACCAUGACGACGGUGGGCUACGGCGACAUGCGGCCCGUGACGGUGGGCGGGAAGAUCGUGGGCUCGCUGUGCGCCAUCGCCGGGGUGCUGACCAUCGCGCUGCCCGUGCCCGUCAUCGUGUCCAACUUCAACUACUUCUACCACCGCGAGACGGGCGAGGACCACGCGUCGCUGAAGGACGACCCGGAAGACAGCGGCGCGAGCCCCGAGGUGCCGCGCAAGGCUAGCGGGGCCUCGGCGGGGGGCGCGGGGGAGGACCACGACGGAACGGGGGGGAAACCCAAGGCCAACAGCACCAUGGACCUGAAGAAAACCCUGUACGCCUUCUGCCUGGACACCCGCGAGACGGACCUGUAGAACCCGGCACCUGCAGAACCUGCAGAACCCCCAGAGUUCCCGUAGUUCCCGGAACCCCCUCCCCGGAGCGGGCUAGCAAGUCUUUGCACGGAUUUAUUAACCUUUAUUUUACCAGGAAUCUCUUUUGCGAGGGAGACCUGGCCGAGAGGAUUAACUGGUGCAACAACAAUAAACUUAAGGAUCUGGUCACCGAGACGGAACCGGUUCCCCCUGGUGGGCCGGUACAGCAGGAACCCCAAAAACAAUGCAAAGGGAAGGGAGUAAGACAUCAGCGCGGGACGUAGAGAACCUGGAAAGUUCCCUCUAGGAAAGUUAACCCCGACUGGACUCAGGAUUAACCCGGAACCCCCUCCCCGGAGCGGGAUAGCAAGUCUUUGCACAGAUUUAAAGGAUCUGGUCAUCGAGAUGGAACCGGUUCCCAAUGCAAAGGGAGUAAGACAUCAGCGCAGGAGGUAGAGAACCAGGACUCAGACCUGGAAACUUCCCUCCAGGGUUCCGCGGCCCACGUGACCAGUUCUUUUCAAACUGUUACCCACAAUUCCCGUAGUAGUGACCUCACAUCCAGGGAACUUCUUCCAGCACAGAUGGACCAGGACCGGUCCAAACUGAAGGAAACGCUAAAGGAGUAAGACAUCAGUGCAAUUUUGUAGAAAACUCCCCAUGAACGGACUCUUUUUAGGUCUUUGCAAAGUCUUAAACGUUUAAACUGUUGCCUGGGAUGUAAAGCAGCCGCUGGAGCUACAGGUUUAACCCCGGACUGAUGCGCUCUGGCCGGUUCUGGCCGGUUCUGGCCGGUUCUGGCCGGUUCUGGCCGGUCCGCGGUGCAUGCUGCCCCCCCAACGCUGCAGGAACCAGAACCAGGAGCUGCAGGAACCAGAACCAGGAGCUGCAGGAACCAGAACCAGAACCAGGAGCUGAUGGUGCAGACAAUCAAGGCGUUCCUGGACUCAGGAUUAACCCGUGGAUUAACCCGUGUACAUAAACAUAAAUCAGUGGUCAUGUUUACACUGGAACCUGCGGCCGACGUGAACCGAACCCUCAGGACCAUCAGAUCCACCGUCUUACGGGACAAAGUCUAUUUUUGACCCUGUUUUCCUCCCGGAGGGCGUUUUUGUAACCGACACUGGACCUCAGCCUCGUUUCUGCUCGUCUGGAACUAAAGAGCGUCUUUGAUUUCUUUAUUUUUGUAAUAAAAGGACAUAAAUGGGAGUAUGUGAAGUACGUGGAGCGAGGGAACACGAGCCACCGGAGGAGGACGAAGUGGAGAUG